AUGUCUUCCUUUACCCUCAAAACAUACAUUUACAAGGUAGUUGACAAUCUGUCUCUGUCGGUGGAUGUUUUCAUACCACCUGACUUCUUAGAAAAGACAGGAGUCAUUGUUCUUCAUUUCCACGGUGGAUUUCUGAUUUUGACCCAUUCCAACUAUGUGCGGCCAGGUCAGAUCCUCAAGGUGCCGGUCAACAAUAUCACCAAGCAACCUGAAGACAUAUGUAGAGCGUCGGAGACCGGUAAAGCGAUUGAUGGAUACAUGUUUCCCGAGAAUCUUUCGGCAGAUAAACGAUUUCAUUGGAUUGCAGCUUUACAUGUAGUUGCCAAGAUACCUGAUAUCUUGACUAGGAUUCCUGGCCUUGCGGCACGCAUUAAUACUGAAGGGGUGGGCGUCAUACCCGAGUCGUAUCGGGCCUUAUUCCCAGCAACAUUCGGCAUUACUGCAAAGCUCCCACAGGUUGCAUUAAUCCAUGGCGAUCGAGAUGGUUUUGUCGGUUUCCAGCAGAGCGUCGAAACUGGUCAGAAAUUACAGCAACAUGUCGUCAAAGUUCUUCUGGAAAUUGCCGAGGGACAAGAUCAUGGGUUUGAUGUCCAAGAUGAUAUCGAUGUCGAUGUCGUUGGAAUUAAUGGCCCGAGAUUUUUACCAAACUUGUCACGCAUCAUCAAGUUCUUGGAGGAAAGGCUAAUUCUUGACAAUCAAGGAAGUACUUCCAAGAUCGCGAACCGUGGGGAACUACUUACUUCCAUCGGAAACAGAUUUUUCCACUCAUUCAGCAAAGUCCCUGGCCCGGCACUGGCCAGUAUCAGUCAGAUAUGGAGAGAUAUCCGGUACUUCCAAGGGACAUGGCACGACGAUGUGGUUUCUCUGCACAAAGAAUACGGAAAGGUGGUACGAAUUGCACCCAAUGAAGUAAGCUUUGUGGACGCUACAGCUCUAAAGAGCUUAUAUGGGAUAGGGAAAGUCUCACAGAAGUCAAAUUGGUAUGAUACUUGGAAAAUCCCCAAUAUGACGGUCAGCUUCUUCGCAGCCACUGAGCCAAAGGUGCAUCGACACUUGCGUUCACGCGUCUCAAAUGCGUAUUCAAUGAGCUCUAUUCUAGCCAUGGAGCCAUUCAUCCAGGAAGUUGCCUCCGAGCUAUGGGCGCGUUUCCGUGAGUUUAGCAGAUCACCUGAGCCAGUGCCUCUGCAUAUAUGGGGUAAUUACUUUACCUUUGAUGUUGUUGGCCAGCUGUCUCUAGGUGGGAAAAUUGGGUUUGUGGAGCGCGGUGAAGAUGUUUCUGGCAUUAUUAAAAGCAUCCACGACGGCUUUUAUCUUAUGGCCAAUAUGGGCAAUGUUCCUCUCCAGAUGUUCUGGCUUAACAACAGCAUUUCACAGUGGAUGGUAAAGAAAUUUGGUGGGAAACGGUUGAACUCUUUCAAUGUUUUCCUCCAGUGGUUGGAAGAGCGAGUCACAGAACGGAUGACAAACGGACUCGGUGACAAAAGAAAGGACAUGCUUCAACACUUUAUCGAAGCUAAAGAUAUGAGCGGUCAGCCAGUCAAAAAAGAAGAUGUGAUGAUUGAAGGAGUGAACAUCCUGGGUGCUGGGGCUGACACUACAUCUAUCUCCAUCCUGGCGGUCCUGGGAGCGAUUAUGAUCCACCCCCAAGCAAAAAGGAAAUUACAGGAAGAGAUUGAUCAAGCCUAUAAGGAUCUCAAUCUAGAGGGAAACAACCAGGAAAUUGAAUUCAAAGAUGCGGAAAAACUCCCUUACCUUGCUGCUGUGCUUAAGGAGAGCAUGCGACUCCAUCCUUCUAUUAGCUACCAGUUGCCACGGAUUGUUCCUUCGCCAGGAAUCAAGAUAGGUGAACACUUUAUAAAGCAAGGAUCUAUUUGUGGCAUCAGCGCCACAUCAAUGAAUCGAUCCAAGGAAAUUUUCGGGCCCGAUGCGGAGGAGUGGAGGCCUGAGAGAUGGAUUGCUCUCACUGAAGAGGACCAGAAACAGAUUUCAAACAUGAAUGGGUAUUUGACUACGUUUGGAAUGGGUGCUCGCAGCUGUGUAGGGAAAAAUAUUGCCCUGGUCGAGGUUCACAAAUUUAUCGCCCAGUUUUUCAGACAUUUCGAUGCUAGCGUGGUGAACGAAGAGAGGCCCUGGGUUACCAAAUCACAAUGGUUUUCUAUUCAGAAAGAAUUCUGGGUUACUAUCAAAGACCGUGGAGUAUAA